AAAUCGAAACGACUUUUUCGCCCUUUUCAUUGCCAUCCACCUUCCGAACGACUCGUGGUUUGGUGCUGAUCCCGGAGUGGCGCGAAUAUGCCCAAAUCCAUGCGUGGAUGCCUGGAGGAGACGCUGGAGGACUUGACGGAGGUCGAGCUCAGAAACUUCAAAGCGAACCUCCACGAAUUCCCGGUUAAACAGGGCUACGACAACAUUCCCCGAGGACGGCUGCAGAAGGCGGACGCGCUGGAUCUGAGCGAUCUCCUGGUCAGUUUCUACGAGGGCUACGCCCUGGAGGUGACAGCCGCGGUGCUGAGACUCUCCCACUGUAAUCCCCAGGCCAAUAAACUGGAGACUCUCUCUGGAAUCGGGAAUGGGCCAUCUAGUCGGCCAUCUAGUUCUCCUGACCAGCAUUUCAUUGACCAGUUCAGGGAGCAACUGAUCCAGCGAACUGUCACAGUGGAACAGGUCUUGGAUAAAUUGCACGGUUCCAUCAUAAAUGAAGGACAAUACCAACAAAUCUGCUCACGGGAAACGAAUCAGGCGAAAAUGCGAGAGCUUUAUAAGUUAGUUCCUGGCUGGAACCUCGAGUGCAAAGAUCAAUUCUACAAAGCACUGAAGGCUAUCCACCCAUUUCUCAUCAAAGACCUAGAAGGGAGAUGAAGCAACAAGGAAGAUGGAAAAUUAAAUCAUUUUAUGCACGCACACACACACACACACACACACGUAAGCAUGGUUUAGAGAGUUUAUUAAUGCUCCCCAGCAAUUCCCUUGACCCAGCCUCAGAACUAUCCCAAAUAAAUACAGCCACAAACAGGCCAAGGUUAAUGCACAAGGCAAUAGCCAAUAGUCCAUAAUGGAAAGUCGCUGCAACAAAUAAGUUCACCAAACAAAUUUAAAUCCACCAGGCCAAACUGAAAUAUACUCACAAGAGUUUACUUGGCAAGAGAAGUUCAGAGUCUCCAAAGUCCAGCAGGAAGCACCAGGAAGAAAUACUCACAGCCAGAAACCAAACACAUUGUUCCCAGCAAUGCCCCUCUCUGCCUGCUGCAAUAAAUAGCUUUACUGUGCAGCCCUCUGCCGGGGGGGGGGGGCUUCUCCCGAAUAAUGUUGCAUAUCUCCAUUGCUCUUAUCUUUGCCCUGCGUCCUCUUGGAUCCAUGGAAGGCAGCUCCUCCUCCUCCUCCUUUUCACUAACUGUCCUCCCCUCUUUCAGCCAGCUGUUCAGAGAUAUUAAUUAACCUAGUUCCUGAUAUGCCAGGAAUGAAUUCAUCCUUUCUUGAACUGACCUCCGAGGAAGAAUAUGAGGAGUCAUCCAAAAGACCCAGCAGCCCCAGAAGAAAAAAACAGGAGGGAUUGACUACAGUGUGUAAAGACCACAACAGCCACUCCGAGGACAAACAGGCAGAGGAGUAGCAGGGAUGCAUCCAUGAACACCAAUUCGCAGUCAGAACACAUGAUGAAAACUUUAGUUUUGCAACGUAUGGACCGAUUCAACUAUAGUUUCAAAUUGGAAAUUUUGAUCAUCUUAGACUAAGCCAAGUCCAAAAACCCUAGAGAAUUCCUGGAAGUCUGACACUCUGACAGAUUGAUCAUCAAUGGGCAGAUGGACAUAAACAAUAUCUACAUACUGUGACAAAGAGGCAAUCAAUAAGCCAAAAAAGGGAACAAAAAGACACUUCUCCACCAGCAAUCAACAUCCAGAUAAGCAUAGAUUAACAUCAAGAUUAAUAUCAGACCUACAAUCAAGAAGUAAGCAAUACCACAGGCAAGUAAUUGCCAAACAAGCUAACAACAGUUCAACCCAAAACCUCAAAGAUUAUUCCAGGACUGACAGAACAAGCUACUAUACCAGUGAUGGAUACCCUUUUUGGCACCGAGUGCUGAAACUGGAGCAUGUGUGCGCGCCGGAGUGUCGGAGCAUGGAAAAGAGCAGCUAGCCAGUGCACAUGCAUGUGACAGCCAGCUGCUCUUCUGGGGACCACCAUGCGCAUGUGUGCUGGCCAGCUGAUCUGGCAUGCAUGCCCACUGGCCAGCUGCUCUCUUCCAAGUUCUGGCAUACACAUGCAUGGCCGGUGUGCAUGAACAUGCCAGAACCCGGAAGAGAGCAGCUGGCCAUUGCAAUGUGUGCCAGACCAGCUGUCCAGCGCACAUGCGUGGCCGGUGCGGAUGCAUAGCAAAUCAGCUGGCCAGUGCAUGCACCCAAAAGCAGCUGAUGAUGACAUGCAUGGCCACAGAGUGGGCUCUGCGUGCUACUUCUGGCAUGCGUGCCAUAGGUUUGCCACCACAGCACUAUACUAUAAAAUGAGACCAAACCCUACUCCCCACAAGCACUGAUGAUGUUGCCUAAUUGGGCAAUGAAACAUUUCACCCAAACAAACCCAUUCACAGAAAUAAAUUUAAGAUGUUUGUAAUAA